CCCCCGCAAACAAUAUUAUCUUACUCUUCAAUCAAUUUUAUUUAUUAUUUUUAUUUUUAUGAAUCAUUUUCGAAGAAGAGUUCGUGAAAAGAUUAAAAUAAAAUAAAAAUAACCUUGAUCUUGUGUCGCUUUAUUUCUUCAACUAAACUAAAAAAAAAAAAUAAAACAAAUGCAUUUACUUUGAUUAAUUUUGGAUUAAAAGUUUAAUUCUUUUUUUUCGACUUGAUGAUGGCGGCGUAUUGGCGUCGUGAGUCGUCGUCGGCUUCUUCUAUUGUUAUACAUAUUUUAGUGCGAGAUUUAACUGAGCACUUCAACAAGAGUUCUUCUAUAACCGCCACCGCAACUAUCUGCCACACACAACACAAUAGUUCGAACAAAACAAACAAAAGAUUGUAGAAGAAGAUGUUGUUGAUGAUGAUGAAGAAAUUCGUGAAUUUUUUUGCUUAUAAAUUAGAAGAUUCACUCAAUUGAAGACAUCAGUCGGGUUCUACCUUCGGGCUGUUAAACAACACUUAACACGCACUUCAAACAUGGAAUUGAAACUCAUUUUAACAUUGACUUUUAUUGGAUUAUCGACGGCUGGAAAGCUUUCGAACAACUAUCUUCCUCCGCACAGUGCUGCCACAGCUGGAGGAUAUAGCGGCUUCCUACAGAGCCCUAAUCGACCAUCAAGUCUUUAUAUCCCACCAUCACAGGGAUCAGCAGCAGCAUCAGCAAAACAACAAAGUCCCCAUUAUCAUGGAGCAAAUUCAGCCUUUGCUGGCAAAUCACCGCAUAGACCUGCGGUGCACUCUGCCAACAGCUACUCUCCAGCCUUCAGGCAACAACAAGCCGAACCAAUUGCAAUUUUACGUUCUGAAAACGUCAAUAACGGUGAUGGUUCUUACAAUUUCGCCUUUGAAACUGCCAACGGAAUUCGCCGUCAAGAGGAUGGUCAUUUGAGAAACCCAAAUUCAGCUCAUCCCGAGCAGGUUGUUAAAGGCUCCUACUCGUACACCGGCGACGAUGGUAAACUGUACACAGUCCACUACACAGCCGACAGCGGUGGUUUCCAGGUUCAAGGAGAUCAUCUGCCCACUCCACCACCAAUUCCUUAUGAGAUCAAACAAUCCUUGGCCCUGCAUCACCACAAAACAGCACAACUCAAUCAACAGCACUCGGCGUCACCAUCAGCGUCAUCAUCCUCAUCAUCGUCUGGGUUUGCAUCAUCACGAGGAGGUCUCUCGAGCCAAUAUCUACCGCCCCAGCAGCAGCACCAGCAACAGCAAGGAUACUCAUACAGCCAACCAGGUGGCAGGAAGUACAAAUGAAACUCUGUAUAGUUGUAGCGAAUUAAUAAAA